GUCAACAAAUCUGAGUGAUAAGUCUGAUAGUGUUAAAAGAAUUAUGGCCAACUCAGUGAAAAUCUUGGAGGUCUCCCAUGUAGCUCCUUUGCAAGAUUCUUCUUCCAACUCACACGCCAAAUUCACUCUCCAACUCACUUUCCUCGAUACCUUCUGCCUCAAAUUCCAUCCUGGAGAGUUUCUCUUCUUCUAUUCCCUCACCGACCCUAAUCCAUCAUCCUUUGCUUCCAUCCUCUCCACGCUCAAACACUCCCUCUCUCUCACCCUCCUCAGUUUCCUUCCUCUCGCUGGAAACCUCACUUGGCCUCCCCAUUCUCAGAAACCUUUUCUUCUCUACAAACCAGGUGAUGCUGUCUCCCUCACAUUUGCUGAGUCCGAUGCCGAUUUCGACCAUGUCUCAAGCAAACAUGUUCGCCAAGCCAUUGACACUCGUCCUCUUGUGCCCAGCUUGACCAUAUCAGAUGCAGAGGCUUCCGUUAUGGCUUUGCAAAUCACUCUGUUUCCCAGCACUGGGUUUUGUAUUGGUAUAGCUUUUCAUCACGCCGCUAUUGAUGGCACAUCUUUGACCAUGUUCUUGAAGUCCUGGGCCCACUACACACGCAGCAGAGAAGAAAAAAAUUCAACUUCCAUCCUCCCCACCGAUUUAUCUCCUUUCUACGAUCGGACAGUCAUUAAAGAUCCAUCUGGGCUCGACAUUUUGUACUUAAACCGAUGGUUGAAGAAGACGGUGAGCUCUAAUAAAGGCAAUUCAUGCUGCUUCGAGUUUUGGUCAGAAUUGAAAUUACCAUCCAAUUUAGUCCGACAGGAUUUCGAUUUAAGCCCUGGAAACGUAGAAAAACUCAGGAAGAUGGUGUUAAUUCGGCUAGAGAAUACAGCUAAACUCCAUUUGAGCACAUUUGUGCUUGUUUGUGCCUAUAUUGUGGUUUGCUUGGUUAAAGCGAAAGGAAAUUCAAGGGAAAGCAAGAGCAAUAUUUAUCUGGUACUCAACGCCGACUACAGGGCACGUUUAGACCCGCCGGUUCCCGAGAACUAUUUCGGUAACUGUAUCGGUUCUCAUUUAGUUGCUUUGGAAGAAGCAGAGUGCAUGGAAUUACAAGAUGGGGUGGCCAUUGUUGCAGAGAAGAUCGGCGAAGUAAUUAAGGGGUUGGAAAACGGAGUUCUUGAAGGAGCAGAGGAGAGAUUAUCCAAGUGGGGUUCGUUGGGAGCGGGAGCUCAAGUGAUUGGAGUAUCUGGGUCUCAUCGGUUUGGUUUGUACAGUCUGGAUUUUGGAUGGGGAAAGCCUAAGAAGAUGGAGAUCACAUCCAUCGACAGAAAUGGAGCUUUUUCUAUGGCGGAAUCAAGGGAUGGAAGUGGAGGGGUUGAAAUUGGUUUGGUUUUGAAGAAGCAUGAGAUGGAGCUAUUUGGCUCUCUGUUUCAUCAGGGCCUAGAAGAUCACUCAACAGCUUAGAUUAUUGCAGAUUCUGUUUUCUUUUACUGAUUUCGUUUAGCCCUUUAAGUUGAUUCUGGACUGACACUUUUUACUCAACAGCUUGCGAUUUUUAUUUUAUUUUUUUCUAUUUGUAAAUAUAUAAAUAUCCAAAUUUUUAAUAUCAUUCGUAUGAUCAGGCAAUGCACUGGUUGUUAGACUGGUUUACUGCGA